GCAGGAUAAUAUAAAUCUCCCCCUCACACUAGACGUUGGGCAUUCUCGAUGGAGUACAACAACUCAUGGAUGUAUGGUUGGUCAAGGAUUGAUGAAGGUUUCCGUGAAGAGGUGGUCAAAUUUAUUGAAGCCACAGAGAAGCAUGCAUCAACGUUGACAUAUAAUAGGAAUACAAUUAUUUGUCCCUGCAAAUAUUGCAAGAACUGUAUGGCAUUUGCAAAUGUGGAUACCAUCGAAUCACACCUGGUUAUGCGAGGAUUUAUUCGGGACUACACAGUGUGGAUUCAUCAUGGUGAGACAAUGGUUGUUGAUGACGACAAUAUUGAUCAAGAACUUGACGUCGAAACCUCGAAGUAUCUACCCCAAUACGACAACAAUGAAGACAUGGGCUAUGACUUUAGCAAUGAACAAGGUGGUGACUUUGGCAAUAAAGAAGGUGCUGAUGAUGUUGAUGGUGCCGACACAAAUGGUGGAGCACGUGAGGGGGAUGAAGAUGACGGUGACAAUUUAGAGGACAUGCUUUGGGCCAUUGGACCAGUAAUAUUACUACAAAAGAAAGGUCUAGAAAAUCUAGAGAGGGUGAAAACAACGUCGAAGGAGAAUGUGUACGAUGUUGAGAAGGGUUGUCCGACACACUGGACACUGCUCCAUUUUGUGCUAGAGCUACUCAUCCUAAAGGCUAAGUACGGCUAGUCAGACUGCAGUUUUGAUGAUCCAUAGCCAAACUUAGUUCUCGCCAACACACACCAUGCGAAGAAAGUUAUAAGUCCACUGACAA